AUGCCUUCCUUCACUGCCACCGCUUUCGCACUGGCUGCUGGUGCCAGCCUCGUAUCGGCCCAUGGCUACGUUCAGACCAUCAUCGUAGAUGGCACCACGUACGCCGGUUUCGACGUGACUAGCACCCCUUACAUGGACGACGCCUCCAAGCCUGACUCCAUCGGCUGGUCCACGUCGGCCACGGACCUGGGCUUUGUUGCCCCUGAUGCGUACGCCAGUGGCGACAUUAUUUGCCACCGUGACGGUGCCAACGCCGCCAUCUCGGCGGAGGUUACCGCCGGUGGCACCGUCCAGCUCGUCUGGAAUACCUGGCCCGAGUCUCACCACGGCCCCGUCAUCGAUUACCUGGCCAACUGCGGUGAUGACUGCUCCACUGUCGACAAGACCACUCUUGAGUUCUUCAAGAUUGACGCAUCUGGUCUCCUUGAUGACACCACUGCCCCGGGCAGCUGGGGUUCCGACAAGCUCAUCAGUGACGACCUGACCUGGACCGUCACCAUCCCCUCCACCUUGGCCCCUGGCAACUACGUCCUCCGUCACGAGAUGAUUGCUCUGCACUCGGCUGGAAACUCUGGUGGUGCCCAGAACUACCCUCAGUGUGUCAACUUGAAGGUCACCGGUGGUGGCUCCGCCGCCCCUACCGGCACCUUGGGUGAGGCCCUCUACAGUGCAGAUGACGCCGGUAUCCUCGUCAACAUUUACCAGAGCCUUACAUACUCCAUGCCUGGUCCCAGUUUGGCGUUUGGGUCGGAAGCAGAUUCAGACUCUGGCGCUGCCACUUCUUCCGUUGCCACCAGCGCUGCUGCCGCUACCAGUGCUGCUGCUACCGCUACCUCCCCCGCUGCCGCAGAGACCACGGCUGCCGCCACCACCACCGCCGCCCCUAUCGGAAGCAGACUUCCGGACCCUCCAGCCCCCACCCCUCCACGCAAAAACGGACGGCGUCGUAAGCCAACAUCUGUACUUCGACGCUCUGCGGCCAACCAUUACUUCUUUCCAUAUUUGCACUUGACUGCAGCUCUGCAGUGUGAUAUAUGUUGGAUAACGACCAGCGCAAGGGUCGGCGCUGCAGUGAGACAACGGCACAGCACCACUACCAUCAUGUCACUCAUUCCCAUUGGCCACCUGUCGAUGACAUUCUGAGAUCUCGUGCUACUCUCCAACACCAAAUGGCGAAAAUGUGCAGUCAAGAACGACUGGUUCCGUCAAAGAUCGACUGGGGAAUCGCGGUUCUGCUGAAAGGCGUGUGUGUGUGUGUGUUAGUCGAUCCGAAGGCGCCUCCACCAUCAAUGAUACUCGAUUCC